UUCCAUUAUCUUCUGGUUUUCAUGCUGUCAGAAGCUCAUAUCCUUCUUUUCUUCGACCUAAAAUAUCCCUGCUAGGGAAAUGUAAAGACGAGUACUCCAUUAGAAACAUGUAAUUCAAGAGUAAUAGAAUUAGGCGCGCUGAUCACGGUGGUUAUCUAACCUUAGCUACGGAGCUAGGUUACUUGGACAUCCUUUCAACUUGUUUGCUGGCAGGUUAGCUACGACAGCUAACUUCGCUAUGUGAACUAACUAAGCCAGCAAAGUGGUGAUAACUAAAGUCCGUGCAACUCUCCGCAAAUGUUUGGCUCUUUGACUUGAUAGGUGCUACAAGUUGCUCUCAUGUGCCCAUGGAGAAGGCGGCCUUUGAGGGGUGGCUGGAGUCAGUCUCUGCCACUUUCCUUACUCUAAACGACCAGCAGCGUAACCAGUCCCUGGACCACCUAAUAUCUUUGAGUGGUGCUGUCCAGCUUCGUCAUCUGUCGAAUGGACUAGAGACGCUGCUCAAACGUGACUUCCUGCGCCUCCUUCCUCUGGAGUUGACCUUCUACCUGCUGCGCUGGCUCGAUCCUCAAACCCUGCUCACCUGCUGCCUCGUCUGCAAACAAUGGAAUAAGGUGAUAAAUUCAUGUACAGAAGUGUGGCAGGGUGUGUGCCGGAAGCUUGGAUGGAGGAUUGAUGAGUCCAUUCAGGAUGCAUCGCACUGGAAGGGGGUCUACCUGAAGGCUAAACUGCGUAUGAUGCAGCUAAAGGAUCAGGAGGCCUUUGAGACAUCGUCACUCAUCGGCCACAGUGCUCGAGUAUAUGCUCUCUACUAUAAGGAUGGACUCCUCUGCACAGGAUCUGAUGACCUCUCUGCUAAGUUAUGGGAUGUGCGCACUGGACAGUGCAUUUAUGGAAUUCAGACACACACCUGCGCCACGGUAAAAUUUGAUGAACAAAAGCUGGUGACUGGAUCUUUCGACAACACCAUUGCAUGCUGGGAGUGGAGCACAGGAGCUAAAAUCCAGCAGUUCCGGGGCCACACAGGAGCAGUCUUCAGUGUGGACUACAAUGAUGAGUUGGAUAUACUGGUCAGUGGUUCUGCAGACUUCUCUGUGAAGGUCUGGGCUUUGUCUGCUGGUGCCUGUCUCAACACUCUGACCGGACACACAGAAUGGGUCACCAAGGUGAUACUACAGAAGAGUGAAGUAGAAUCAGUGGUGCAUAGUCCUGGUGAUUACAUACUCCUAAGUGCUGAUAAGUAUGAAAUUAAGGUCUGGCCACUAGGCCGAGAAAUCAACUGUAAAUGUUUGAAGACACUGUCAGUGUCAGAGGACCGCAGCAUCAGCCUUCAGCCUCGCCUGCAGUUUGAUGGACGCUAUAUUGUCUGCAGCUCUGACCUUGGAGUUUAUCAGUGGGACUUUGCCAGUUUUGAGAUUCUCAGGGUGAUAAAAAUGCAGGACCCAGCCAACCUAUCCCUGCUCAGCUUUGGUGAGGUGUUUGCACUCCUUUUCGACAACAACUUUCUGUAUGUGAUGGACCUGAGGACAGAGGCUAUCUCAGGCCGUUGGCCCCUACCAGCCUACAGAAAAUCCAAACGAGGAUCCAGCUUCCUGGCCGGUGUGACCGCUUGGCUCAACGGCCUGGAUGGGGACAAUGACUCUGGACUAGUGUUUGCCACCAGCAUGCCCGACCAUAGCAUUCACUUAGUACUCUGGAAGGAGAACGGAUAGAAGCCAACAAAGUCUCCAAACCCCAGACUACUAGAACAUGAGCAGCCACCACAUGUGCUCUGGAAUCUUAACUGCCAAGAUAGAUCAUGCAUGGACCAAAGCCUUUUGUUUUUAUUUGUUUCUUUCUCAGCAUACAGUCCUCUUCUAGACACAAACAUGAAAAGUCACAAAUGGAAAUAUAAGGCAAACCAAGACCGACAAUUAAACUGUUACUGAUGUGCAAGAUUCGGUGCUGGAUCAACACUUGCUCCUUAUUUCUGCAGAAUCCUGACAACCUCCUAGUGUUCGUCUGAUCUGGGGCAAAGACAGAGUGAACACAGACUUCUUGAAGAACACAUUGUGUUAGCAACAACAAAACACAAGGCAUCAAAGUUUCUAAACUAAACACAACCAUAGAAAUUCUCCUGUACUGAACUUAGAUGUUAAAGAGUAAAUGUGUUUGGCAGUUUUUGCUCUGUGGUCAGUUUAGCAUUGUGAAGCAAUGAUAUAAAGAUAUUUGUAGUUGACUUUAAUCCAUAGUCUAGUACUUCGGUGCCAUCUCUGGCUGACCUUUUCUUACCAGGAUAAGAUUAAUUGACAUGUGCUGUCCAUGUACAUGAAGUGUUCUACACACAUAUAUGUAGAACACGCCCAAUGCCAAGUUGAUCCCCAAGCUGACUUACUGAAACAUUGGUGUCCUUGAAGAAAAGCACGGUUGCCUUUAACACAGUUGCUGUAAAUAUAGGAGGGCGUCUUCUUUGACAUCAAGUGGCGACAUCAAGAGAGAAAUUCCCUGAGGUUGUUGUAGACCAUCCAAAGGAAAGAAGUUGCAUGCUGAAUCGUCAGUUAAAAAGUGGUUUCGGUACAUAGGUGUGUACCACGUAAAACCAUGUUUUCAUGUAAUUCCAAUGAAUAUGCUUUUCUAAAGGAUGUCUGGUUUAAAUGUCAGCUUGAAAUGAAAUGUGAUGUGCCUUUUCUGUUCAUUUGAUGUUACAACUAGACUUUCUUGCUAACUCCGGCACAUUGCAGUAAGGUUAUGACUGCAUUGUAAAUUGUACUUUUGUGUUGAUUUUUCAUAUUUACUGUGCUCUAACAGUCUAUGUGAUAUGAUGUCUGUAAUUUUAUAGCUAUCUACCUGACAUGACUUGCUCCGAGAAUAGCUUUUAAGAAUCACUGACUGUGUUAAACAUCAGGUUUAUUUUUGUAAAAGGCCUCAAUACAUCGCACAGCUAAGGAAGUGACUUGGCAAGUAGUCAGUUCUGUGCAAAACUACUAUUUUAGACAUGAAAGACGAUUUGAAUAGAUGGCUUUUCUUCCACAACAGGAGAAACUGUGAAAUAUGUCUCAAUUUGGAUUUCUGCUUCUUCUAAACUAAGACUUUCAUCAUCAGUGAAUGCUUAUCCCAGAAUUUUCCUUGACCUCUGCAUUUGCAUUUGCUGGCCCCAGAUCACCACAGAUCGAAAUGUAUUCAUAUGCACUAGGUUUCAUUUAUGACUGAUCCGUUUGUCUUGUACACAGACCGUAUCCUGUUUCUCACAUGGAUAAAUGUACACAGCAGAUGUACAGACCGUUGUUAGUUUAGGUUUUUUCAAAUCUAAUUAAAACACCAUAAACAUUCUGUAUGUUGACUGCUGCUGGACUGUUGCACCACGUUAUGUCUUCUGCCCUGCAGCAUUUAAUUCUGAUAAAAUAUGCAGUCAUAUGACUUGUAUAUAAUGUAUCAAACUAAAACAGGCUGGGAGGAAUGCUGCAUUUCUACAGUUCUUGUCAGUGUAUCUUUUCAGAGUUCAUUUUAUUGCAUUCAAGCACUGCAUUGUGUUUCAUUUCACAAAAUCUUCUGCUUCACUAUCAUAGCCCUCUCACCAGCACCUGUCUAUAUUCUGCUUUAUUACUGCAGGCUUUCAAAUAUAUAACAGUAGCAAAAGUCCCA